UUCUUCUUUACACGUUGAUCUGGGCUUUUCCGCCGUAUAUCGGAGCACAGAAUGGACGACAAGGCGUUGAACUCCAAGAAACAAGGCGAGAAGGAAUGAAUAGUUGAGACUAGCACGACAAGAAGUUGAAAAAUGUUGCAAUUGACCCCACGAGGAGCGCAUGAUCGUGAGAAAAGGCAACAGAAACCAAGACAAUAUUCAACAAUACCGCUUUUUCGUCGAUCUAUGCUUCGAAGCGAUUAAAUAUCACGUUCAUUCCCGCCUUGAUUCAGACAAAGAGCCUCAAGACAUCCUCGCCUUCUAACUCCAGUGGGAUAUAUCUGAGAAAAAAGACCAGAGAAACAUUCAAGGUCAAAGCAACAAUGUUACGCAGAGCAAUUGCCCUUUCAGCCACUUUGGCCACCGCCGCUCUCGCUCAGAGUCAUGGCCCGUUCACAGACCUAGUGAGCGUGUUGAAUGGAACACACGGAUUCUCAUCCAUCAACGCCUUCAUGGAGUACUACCCCAAGCUCCGGGAUUCGUUGAAUGAACUCAAGAACGUCACCGUCCUGCUACCAAAGGACACUGCUGUGUGGGAGUUCAUUGAAGAUCCUCGGUACGCGGCCCUAGAGGCCGCCGGCGAAGAUGCCCUAGACGCUUUGUUGCGCUACCACUUCAUCGAUGGCGUGCACGACAACAUCACCGAUUGGGUGCAGUAUCACACCUUGCUGACUUCACCUGAGUACACCGGUGUCACUGGUGGUCAGGUGGUGUUUGGAUACAACAACGACCAUGGCUUUGAGAAGAGCUUCUACGGUGGCGCUGAUCUCAGCGCCAGUGCUGGGAGCGAGCCCAUUCUGUUCGACGGUGGUAUUGUCUACCCUGUCGACAACGUCCUCACCAUCCCCACCAAGCUCGAGGAAGAGGUUGAGGCUGUCGCCAACGAAACGGCCUUUGUUCAGGCUCUACAGAGUGCCGGGCUGUUGGAAGAGGUCCAAGCCCUAACUGACGUGACAUACUUUGUGCCCAACAACACCGCCUUCCAACUGGUUCAGGACAGUCUAUCGGAGCUCAGCGCCGAGGAACUGGCCGAUGUCCUCAAGUACCACAUCGUCCAAGGAACCAUCCUCUACUACAGCACCUUCAAGGAUGGUGUCACGCUCAAGACGCUUCAAGGCGAUGAUGUGACUAUCACCAUCAACGCUGAGGAGUAUACUGGAUUUGUCAACGGGGCUCUCUUCACCUGGAGUGAUAUGCCCGUCGCCAAUGGUGUCGUUAUCAUCAUUGACAACGUCUUGAACCCCAGUGUCACCGAUGGCCCGGCUGAUAGUGCCGUCGAAGAGGGUGUUGCUGCUUGGCCCACAAAUGCCAUUCCAACCACGACAGAUGACUCGGCUGCUGCUGCCACCACUAGUGAAGAAGCUGCCGCUUACACCGGUGCUGCUCCCUCCAUGCACAAAGUCGGCACUGUCAGCAUUGCUGCCAUGAUCGCCAUGGUCGCAUUUGCUGUCGCUCUAUAGACUGUUGCAGUGCGAGAGAUACCCAGCCACGCGAAGAACAAGAAAAAAGGGCCAAUUAUACAUGGGCACGUAAUGAACGGAGUACGAAUGCACGUUAUUGAACGAAUCAAAGAGCUGGAGAGACAAAAGUCAAGUAGAUGGCAUUCAUAGAGCUAACUAACCUCCCGUUAUCCUUCCACUAAAGCAGGAAUGUGGAGGU